UCUCAACAGAGCAGUUGUCGCUAUCAAACUCACUCUUCAGCAGGAAUAAUGGAUAUGGAAGAUUACUACAGAGACAAUUCUGUGUAACCCGUGGUGCUAACGAAGCUUCAGUAACCAAUGUUUGCAACUCCUCAAACUCUGCUACUGAGUCGGCCAAAGUUCCGACAGCCUCUGAGGACCUGAUGGUGAAGUACAAGUCCCAGUUGAAAAUUAACCCGAGGCAUGACUUCAUGAUGGUCUUUACUUGCAAGGUCUGUGAAACAAGAUCUAUGAAGAUGGCGAGCCGAGAAUCAUAUGAGAAAGGUGUUGUGGUGGUACGAUGUGGAGGUUGUGAUAAUCUACAUUUGAUUGCAGACCGUCGUGGUUGGUUUGGGGAACCAGGAAGCGUGGAGGACUUUCUUGCUUCUCGUGGGGAAGAAUUCAAGAGAGGAUCAAUGGAUUCUCUUAACUUAACACCUGAAGAUUUAGCUGGCGGAAACAUGUCCACCGAAUAGAGAGAGAGAGCUCUUGUUUGCUUUUUGCUAAUUAAGUAUUAUGGAAUGGACCUUCAAAAUUAUGUUCCAGUAGUAUUAUCUAUUCUGGUAGUUCACUGUUUGGUAUGUUCAAAUGCAGAAGACGUUAUCCUGUUAUGUGUUUGGAAUGUUUCAUAUAAAUUGAGAGUUUCUAUUGAUU